AUGCCUCGUGGUCAGAGAAGGCAAAAGAGAAAGCUCAGCAGAGGCCGUUCUGGCCCAAGAAGUGCCCGGGAACUCAGAGAUGAGAAGAAAGCAGCAGCCACAGCUUCGUCCGUUUCCUCUUCCUCCUGUAGUGUGGCUGAGGCCACAGCAAGAGAAGAGCCUGAGCGUGGGGCAUCAAGUUGUCCUCAGAAUGCUCAGGCCAUCUCCCCUCCCCCUGCUGCUAUGGCUUCCAGUGAAAGCAGUGAAUGUCGUGCGGGCUCCAGCAGGCAAGGAGCAGAGGCUCCAGGUCCCUCACAGGGCAGGGAGGCCCCUCAGGUCACGCAGCCUGUGUUUCCAAAUGACAAAUUAGAUAAGAUUCUGAGAUUUCUGCUCCAAAAGUAUCAAAAUAAGGAGCAGAUCACCGAGGAAGAAAUGCUGCACAUUCUGGGCGGUGAUUGCCAAGAUCACUUCCCUCUGAUCCUUACGGAACUCUGUGAGUGCAUGCGUAUGGGUUUUGGCAUUAUUAUGAGGGAAGUGAGUCCUCCUGGCCACACAUAUGAGUUUAUACCGGUCUUGGGCCUCACUUAUAGUGGGAUGCUGGAUGUUGAUGAUCUGAUUAUUCCUAAAGCCGACCUCCUGAUACUCAUCCUGAGUAUCAUCUUCCUAAAGAGCAACAGAAUCACUGAAGAGCACCUGAGGGAAAUGCUGAGAAAUAAGAAUAUAUUAGUUGAGAGUGAUCAAGUUGUUUUUGGGGAGCCCUGGAAAUUCAUCACAGAGGAUUUGGUACGGGAAGGGUAUCUAGUGCACCAGCGUAUUCUUAACAGUAAUCCUGCUCGCUAUGAGUUCCUGUGGGGUCCAAGGGCCCAUGCUGAAACCGACCCGAUGAAAAUUCUGGAGCAUGUAUUUGCGCUUGAUGGGUUAGAUCCUGGGUCUUGCCCACAUCUCUGUGAGCAGGGUUUGAGAGAGUAA